UUAUUUUGUUAAAUUGAGGGCGGGGAAGAGCCCCUAGAAUUGCAAAAGAAUCACAAUUCACAAACAGAGAAGUUCCGUUCCGAGCAAACCUUCUUACACACCGCCCACAGCAAGAUUAUCCAUUUCUCCUCCUGCAUUUCUCUCUCUCUCUCUCUCUCUAAAAUCUUGUUUCAGAAAUCUCAUGAAAUCCGUAUAUAUCCCACAAAACUCACCAAAGAAUUAGAAAGAAAGCAGAUUCCUUUCGCCAUUUUUUCACCCAAAUUCAUCACCACGAACAACAGCAACAACAAUGGAAGCAAGCAUGUUCACGAAGCUCUCCGACGACGUCGUUCUCAACAUCUUCGCGAAGCUGGACGACGACCCUCGCAACUGGGCAAGACUCGCCUGCGUCUGCACCAAGUUUUCGUCUCUGAUUCGCAACGUCUGUUGGAAGAACAAAUGCCUCGCCGCCAUCCCUUCAACAAUCUCCGACCUCCUCUCCUCCGCCUCCGACCCUCCCGGCGGCUGGGCCUCCCUCCACAAGCUCGCCGUCUGCUGCCCCGGCCUCGUCCACUCCGGCGUUCUUCUCGAGAAUUCUGAUUUCGGCUUGGAGCGGGAGAUCGGACCCGACGACAAUUAUCGUCAAUUAGCCCCUUCCCAAACCCUAACUGACCCUUCCUCGAGCCAAUUCAGCGCCGAUUCCGAAGGAAUCGCCCCCAAUUCGGAUUGCUCGUGGUCUCUCUUCGACGAUCUCUACUACGACACCGUUUACCACGCCUCCGAAGGCCAGGAUUCCGCGCAAAUCGCCGAGGAGGUUGUGAUUGAGAAAGGCGUGUUCAAGUCGGAGAAUCGGGAAUGCGCGAAAAGGCGGAGGAUUUGUCGUCCGAUGAGGUCGCAUUUGGCUUCCGGUGUUUGGAAUUUGAGCCGCGAACAAGGGAACAAGCUUCUCCAUAGCCGUUUCCGUGGAGAUUCUCUGUACAUAUGCGAUUGGCCUGGGUGUGUUCACAUUGAAGAGAAGCGGAAUUACAUGCUGUUCAGAGGAGUUUUCAAGGACUUCAAAGCGUCUCAGGUAUGGAGGACAGUCAAAGAUGGGAAUCGGACGGCAAUCGAUCUGAAUUGCGCGUUUUGCGGCUGCAAAGACACUUGGGAUCUCCACUCCGCCUUCUGUUUGCGGCGGGGCUUCGGGUUCCACGAUGAUGGUGAGCCUGUUGUUCGAGCUUACGUUUGUGAAAAUGGACAUGUCUCUGGUGCUUGGACUGAUUUGCCAUUGUACACUUGAUGAUAUUAGACUCUUUGGUUGUUUGAGAUUCUGUUUGCGUUUUCAUUCAUGUCUUGUUUGUAUCUCUCAUGAGUAGAGAAGUAGAUCAUUUGAGUAGCGGAAAGGCCAUUUGAUCAAGUUUUCUUGUGUUUUUUAUUUAUGGGUUUUGUGAUUUGGUUCUGUUUAUUGCCCAGUUCUUGAUUUGAUGAAUUUUAUUCAUGGGGUUUACGAUUCAAGCCUUAAAAAGCUAUUUGUAUUGUGAUAUAAUAAAGGCAAGUAGGCAGCAGAACUAAAAAAGAUGGUUUGGGGUAAUUUGUU